AUGAAGCGGCUGAAGUAUCUAAGGAAAAGGAUGAACAACAAUCCAGAGUUUGCUGUAGAAUAUGAUGCCACCAUCAGGAACUAUAUAAAGAUGGGGCAUGCCGAGAGAGUACCUCAUCAAAGUGUGGAGCAAGCAGGUCGGAUUUACUACAAGCCACAUCAUGCAGUUGUGCGAACCGAGUCCACGACAACUCUGCGGCCACCGUCAACCAUAGUGAAUGCUAGCAUUGCUUACAUAGCCGGGUUUGUGGCAAAAGCAGUCGAGGAGCGGCGAACAUGUACCUUCUGCCCUGCCCUCCAUCAAUCAGAUGGAUCCAGUCCUGUGCUAAUGAGGCUAAUUAGCCUGAAGUCAAGGGGUGGCCUAACUUUCCUAAAGCCUGAAUUUGUCAUGGUACUUGUGACCAUUAAGAAAGCUGUUGACAUUGCCCUGCCGCACAUAAAAAAGAGCAAUGUGUGUCAGCAACUGGCUGAACUCAUUUUGCCUCACCUUGAACAGUGCCCUCUUUUUGUAUGCCCGGCAAGAGAUGAGCAUGGUGCGAGCACACUGUCAGUGGUCUUCGACAAGUUUAUUAAGCCACUAUUGUCCAAUGUCGGUGCGGCUGAGACAGACAGGGCAGCUUACCGGAAAAAGCUUGCAUGUAAGCCACUGUACCGGAAAGUGCUGCGCAUGUAA